AUGGCCAUCAAGACGCCUCACGGCUUCAUCCACCAGGACGACUUCAUCACCCAGGACCCGGAAGCAAUAGCCAAACAUCUCGAACACCUUACCAGACGCCUCUCGGAAGCUCUUACCGACCCUUUCAAGCACUCGAAUAUCACACUCUUGCGCUCCCAUCUUGCAAAGCAGCUGGUCAUUGGUGCUUCCGACCAGGACGACACCCAUGGACUGAUCCCGGAAGCUUCGAUCAUCUCGCCAGAGGAGUAUAUUGCUUUUGCCCAAGCUCGCAAGAUUACGUUCCCCGGCUGGAGGCUGGAGGUUGUGCCGAACUUGAGUACUGCUGUCUCUGAGGACGGCAGGAGUGCGGCGGUGUGGUUGCUUACUAGGUCGACUGUUGAUGAGAGGUUGAAGCGGGAGGGUGGUGAUGGUGUUGGAGAGGAGGGGUGUGGAGGUGGGAAGGAUGGCGUGGGUGAAAGUGGUAGUGGGAAGUGGAGAGAGAAUAUCUGCAAGGCUUAUUGGAAGUUUCGGCCGUUGGAGGGCAGGUGGAUUUGGUGGAAGUAUGAGAUGAUGGAUGGGCCGGCUGGGUGGAUGUGUGGGGAUUUGUGA